CGUACUCGUACGUUGCGUUGGAGCAGCAAUGUUGGGCUCCUCAGUGUGUGUUACAUGAGAUGGUCAUCAUUGCAUGAAGCUACGCACAUCGAAAAAAAGGUUUAGAAAGCUGCAAACUGAAGGCAAGUAAGUGUUUCAGUUCAUUAUUAUCAAAAUGCAAAACACAUUACACCCGUCAGUGCAUUUGUUGAUAUGGUUUGUGAUACUGCUUUUAUACAGUGUGCAUGCUAACGAUGUUAAGCUAUGUUCCGAACAGGAAUCAGUGGAUAUUACCAACGGCAUAGACUAUGGAAACGGAAGCGUUUUAUAUCGUGGAGUGCAAUACAGUGCUUCUCAGUAUUUUCAAGACGGAAACGUACGAAGAGGAUGCAUUUGUCUUUUACGUCAAUGCAUAUUCGUAUGCGACGCUGAAGAAUGGGCGAGCGUUGGGUUGAAAGAGCUCUAUGCCAAUGUAUCCGAUGCUACCGGUGCGGACAAUCGUAAGGUGAACCUGGCGAUAGAUAGCCGCUACUACUUGAUUUUAGAACAGCCUUCCUGUGAUGGAGAUUGGUUGGUGUUAGAACAGGAUCACGUCAAUAUCACAUCGAAGGGAGAUCUAAGCCUGAAUGAUUACAUCUUUAGUUAUCCACAAUUCUGUAUGCUACCAAAGAACGGAAUCGGUGAAUUCCAUGCUUCGUACUGCGAGCCCGAAAUGAGUGAUUUGCCGCAUCAAAUAUAUGCCUUCGGCUUCCUGGUGUCUUUACCCUUUCUUGUGGCUACCUUUGCGGUUUACGCUAUUCUGCCAGAACUGCAGAACGUGUCAGGCAUGUCACUGAUGUGCUACGUGGCAGCGCUCGCCAUAUCCUUUUUAUUGCUGGCCAUGGGACGAUUGGACAUCUAUGACUAUCAGUCCGUUAUGUGUAGAGUCUCCGCAUAUACAUUAUACUUUACGUUGAUGGCCAGCUUCUUUUGGCUCAACGUCAUGUCCUUUGACAUCUAUUGGACACUUGGUGGAAGCCGUGGACAAACGACUGAGCGGAUGAAGUUCCUCUAUUACUCUCUGUAUGCUUGGGGCACACCGUUUUUACUCCUAUCGUUGAUUCUUCUCUUCGAUCACACGGAGAUUAUUAGCUACCACCUAAGACCGAAUGUUGGUGAAGAAGGAUGUUUCCUCAAGGAGGAAAAGCUGACGCAGUUCCUCCACUUGUACUUACCAUUAGUACUACUAACCACUGCGAACAUAUUCUUCUACGCUAUCACUGCUAAACGCAUUUACCAAAGCAAUCAGACUGAUGCCGGAACGAUUAAUGGCAAUUCGGGGCGCCAAUCAAAGCGUGAAAAUGAUCGGAGCAGAUUCGGCCUAUAUCUGCGCUUGUUCUUUGUCAUGGGAAUUACCUGGUCGCUAGAAAUAGUAAGCUGGCUAAUAACUGAACCGAAUACAGCUUCUCCGUCAUGGGUAGUGUACGUUCUGGAUGUUUGCAACUGCCUUGCAGGCAUAAUCAUCUUUUUGCUAUUCGUCUGGAAUCAAAAAGUGAAGAAUCUGUUGCUUCAGCGAUUCGGCACACGAGAAAGUACUGCUAGACAUGGCUGCACUAUGUACACUGCUGCUCAAACGACGGAUGUAGAAAAUUCUAAGGACUUUAUCAAGAUGGUUGAAACAAAUUGAUGUCGCAAAUACCCAACUUUAAGCUUAGCAACCUGGUUUUAACACAAAUGAACCAUAUACACAGGAAUACAUGAAACCGGUUGUGUUGAAAUAGCCGCAUCAUUUCUUACAGGAAAAUAUUAUCGCUACAGUACCUUGCAAAUGUCUCGUAGUAUGUUUUUUUAUCAGGUUACAUUCAUGCCAAUGUAUACUUAUAAAUUAGUCUAGCGCGAUUCUGGGCUACUUAAUUCUAACACGAGCCGACACUCAAACAAAAAUCUCAAGGUGUAAUGUAUGCAGGAUGCUCCAGAAUAGAUAUCACCAUUUUAAACAUGCUUGUAACAUCAACAAGGUAAUUUCUAUUAGUUUACUAUUAGUCAAAUACUACAGUUAAAGCAUUACUGUUAGACUAUUACUUUUACUAAUUCGUUGUGAUGGACGUUUUUCAUGAGUAAACCCAUCAUCUCUAUCUCAUUUUCAUUUUCACCAUUUUCAAGCAUCAUUUUCAGCGUCAGACUUUGCAUAAUUCGGUGGUACAAAAUAAUUUACGCUGGUUUCGACCAUAAAAUUGUAUUUAAGUUUACACAACCUUAU